AUGAAGGCAGUUAAAUCGAUUUCAUUGCCUUUCCCAAUACUUUUGUUAGUCAUAUCACAGAUACUCAAAGCUUACUCCCUUUGCCAAAUCAAAGAUAGCAAAACGUUAGCAUACACAAAUGACGAACUCGUGCGGAAAAUGCUACAACGAAAUCGUCCGUGUUAUUGGCGUAAUUAUAUGGUAUGCAAGGAAGAGGGAUACUUUUUAUUCCACACAUCAGACGAUUUCGCUAGUCUAUUAUGUGCUUUGCCACAGUAUCUAUUGACCGCUGGUCAAACUCCCGUACAUAUUGCAUCAGUGUUUAAUUGUUCGGUUAAAGAUGAAAGGUUACAACCACCAGAUAUAACCCGAAACGUCACUGAAUAUUUACUAGCACGCCUUUUGAAUAUACAAAAUAUUAAUAAUAAAAAAGAAUUCUAUGCUUGUUCUUUUUACUCAGGGCAAUGCUCUAAAAAUGUGUUGGAUAAAAUUAUAGUAGUCCCACCACGAAAUGAUUUGGCUUUAAUUUAUGUAGAAAUCAUUUUUUAUAUCGUUGCUGCAGCAAUAGUUUUCAAGUUAUUUCUGUUGAUUCUCAGACCUCCUUCAAGGUCGACUUUAACCGAUGUGACCACUAUCGAAGGCCAGCAAGUGAUUUGUUUAUAUCAAGUAUUCGAUACUGCAGACGCCGUAAAACUAUUUAUUUAUCGUUGUAUUCCGAAAAAGAAGUGCUAUCAAAUACUUCUCCUUCAUUUCAUAUUACUUUUGGGUGGCAUGAUUCCAUUUCUCUGUUCAAUUUUCAAUAUUCAAAAGUUUCGAUACAUAUAUACACAUUUAGAUCUAAGCACUUUGUUGAUGAUUUUGUUAUAUUGGUUGCCUAGCCUUGUCAUAUUUCUCAUCAUUAACCUGUUACUAGGCAUGAUCGUUACUGUCGUAGCUAUCACUUUAACAAGAAACAAGAUUGCACGAGGUUGUGUCAAUUACGUCAAAGCAUCUAAUGAUUGGUUUGCAACUUUUGUUGAUCAAGGAUUCUUUUACAAAAUCGUACAUUGGUUCCAGUUGCACAUAUUUAUUUUUGUGAUUACUUUCAAAGCCAAUGAAUUUAACAUCAAAUCCAGUCGAUGGUAUCGUUACUUUUUAAUAAUCUAUUUUACGAUGUCUUUAGGUUUACUCUGUUACGAAUUGACCAAUUUAUGCAGUAGUAUUCUGGCUAAUAUUAUUAUUGGCGUUGUUCAUCCAAGCGGAAUGCUGCCUCUCCUUGCAACUCAAUUACCCUUUGUAGUUACUUUGAUUGCUUUAAUCCAAAGACACUUUAAUCGAAAGCAAUAUAUACUAGGAUUAUUUAAUGAAUUGAAUGCAAAAGAUAUUCCUGUAUGCAUUGAGACUUAUCGAAGCGAUAACCAAAUUUUGGUCGAAGUUUCCCCUGAUGCUAAUCAAUUUAUUCACCAAAUCCAAGACUUUUUCCAACAGGAAACAUUCCACAAAACCUGUGUCCAAACACUAUUUUAUAUUUAA